CUGCAGCACCCCGCUUGGAGUUGGCACUGACGGCGACUCCUCCCCGAGGACGCAAUGUCUCCCUCAGGCAAACCCAGCAGCCGCAGUCGCGCCUGGUCCAAGCCAGCCCCGAAGGCACACGUGGCUUAGCGACGGGGCGGGGCAGACCGAGCGGGCCGGCCUGCGUGGCGCGGACAUCCGGUUCCGGGAUCCGGAUCUCUGCGCACCCGGGGCGAGCCGCUCGGCCCUGUCCCCAAAAUCCGCUGCCUCCGGUCCUGCCAGGCCUCUCGUCCGGCAUCAACCCCGGCCGCUCCCAGUCCAGAUCCCCGAAGCGCUCCUCCACGGGGUCCCUGCAGCGCCGCCUGCCCCCGAAAGCAGUCAUGUUGGACGGACUGAGCUCCCUGCCCACGCAGAUGGAUUAUAAGGGUCAGAAGUUAGCUGAACAGAUGUUUCAGGGAAUUAUUCUUUUUUCUGCAGUAAUUGGAUUUAUCUAUGGAUACGUGGCUGAACAGUUUGGAUGGACAGUCUAUAUUGUUAUGGCUGGAUUUGCUUUUUCAUGCUUGCUGACACUUCCUCCGUGGCCCAUAUAUCGCCGACAUCCCCUCAAAUGGCUCCCUGUUCAAGACUCAGGCUCAGAAGACAAGAAACCAGGAGAGAAAAAAAUAAAAAGGCAUCCCAAAAAUAACUGAAACACGUCACAUACUUCAACCUUACAACACUCAUUCUGUUCUUUGUGAAAUCUUAAUUUGUCAUAUCCAAACCGCAAAAUAAAACUACCUACAUUAUUAUUGCAGA